CUUCCUCCACCAAAAGCAGCGAGUAUAAGAUCCCCCCCGGAUGUGUAAGGCACAAACAAACAAACAAACACACAAGGUAGAAGAUGGCUGAUAUUUGUGCAAGAAAGGAGGUCUUUUCGUGGACUGAUGAUGAGGUAGAACUUCUACUUCGGGUCACAUUAGAGUACAAAACUUCAUUAAUACAGGAGAAUGUUGACUGGGAGUCCUGCAAGUUAAAGUAUAGCGAUAUAGACAACUUAUUUCAGGCGCAGUAUCCGAGGACCGACACAGGGAAGGAUUUCCCUCACAGCGUGGGGGCCAUUACAAAGGCCCAGCUUGCCGCCAAGCUAAAACAAAUCCGCAUAAAGUACAGGCAUGCGGUGGACACGAAGCGUCGGAGUGGCCAAGGACGUGUUGUGCACAUGUUUUUUGAGCUGUGUGAAGAGGUCUGGGGUGGCUCGCCUGCAACGUGCUCCCUUAGCUCGGGCAUCGAGACGGGGGACCUGGAAGAGUCGUCUUCCGGACCAAGCUCACCCCGGAGUUUGGAGCGUUCCAACGAUUCGUCACCGCCAGAGUCGAGCGAAUCCAGCGGAAGUCUGCCAGCUGCUGCAGUUGUACAGCAUCGCAGGAAUCUGCUCCAGGUGCAGCUGAACGGCCACAGAAGUGACCGCUUGAAAAAAAAACUUCCAGUUGACCAUGCCGUGCAGGAAGACCUGAAACUAAAAAGGAGGAUGGUGGAGCUGAUGGAGCAAAAUCAGAAAACAUCCACCCGCAACGCAGAAAGCUUUGUUCUGAUUAAUGAAAAUAUUCGGGAGGGCUUUUCCCUGAUGAGGGAAUUCAUGCAUGCGCAACCCCACAGCAGCAGCGGUGGACAAUUACCGGAACAGUCAUCGUACCUGUAUAGAAGGCCACAGCCUGCCUACACACCAAGCCCCUCUGCACCACACCCCUCUGCACCACACCGGCACACGAGGACCCCUGACCCCCCACGGCAACCAUCUCAGUAUUCAUACAGGCAGUCACUCUUUGAAGAGGACUGUUGAAGCACAGAGCUUCAGUUUUUGUUGCACUUUAUAUAUAUAUAAAGAAAGUCUGGAAGUGGGUGCAGCAAAUUUAACUUUUUAUUCCAGUGAAUAUUUUUUGUUGCCAGUCAAGGUGUUCUAUUCCUUGUUGUACUGUGAACAUGAGGACUGUUAAAGCACAGAGCUUCAGUUUUUGUUGCACUUUAUAUAUAUAUAAAGAAAGUCUGGAAGUGUUUUUAACUUUUAUUCCAGUGAAUAUUU